AUGUCGCAAAAAUGUGACUUUAAAGUCGUUGUUGUUCACUUUAAUAAUUUUGGGUAAGAAGCUUCAUGGUCUUGGGGCUCAAACGACAAAAAUGAAACCCCACAAAAAUCUUCCAAUGAGCCACUUGCAGAAACUGUGCCCAGAUCUUUAAACCCUACAUUUUUACAAGAUGAGGAAAUUCUAAUUGCUGAACCUUCCGAAUAUGCAGAAGACAUCAAAGCAAACAGCACAGAAGCAGAACUUGUAAUAGAUGAAAUCCUUAGCUCUACAAAGAAAGGUAGAGCCAUAGAUGGUUUCGAUGAAGUUUAUAGCGACCCUAACGUACAAGAAGCUUUGCAAAAGGGGGACGAUUCCGAAGCGAGAAAUGUUAUCAAGGAUAGGUUAUGUGCUUUGGGACUUAUGCAGUGUGACGGUGUUGAGGAAAAGAGACCAUUCUACUCUCCUGAAGAACUUAUAUACGCCCAACCAGUCUCCAUAAACCCUGUUGGUAAACCCAUUGCAACCAUUCCCAUCAAAGGACACCGUGGUGUAGGAUAUGGUCCCCCAAAACCCCUUCACUAUCCAAGUCGUCCCUUACCUCCUUCCGGAAAAUUCCCGCCCUUAAGCAUAUCACCAAACAAAUUCGGUCCACCACCUACCUAUAUACAACCAGGAAAACCACCUCGCCGUCAAUUUGCUGGUCCACCUACAAAACCAUUCUAUGGCAAGCCAGGACUUAAUGGUGAAGUUUAUGAAGGAGGAGAAUAUUUUAGCAAGCCUCCAAGCUUUGCUGCUGGUCUUGAGUUUGUGCAACCCAUAGAACCUGAGAUUCCUUACAAGUUUGAACAGGGAGCCAGUCAGUUUGGAACACAUAAAGAUAAAAGAGUGGAAAUCACUGUUAAUGCUCAAGGGGGACACGCUGGUGCAUUAGGAUCUUCAUCAGCUGCUAAAGGUACCGUAGAACACGUCCAUCAUCAUUACCACCAUAACCUUGACAACAACAAGCCAGUAGUAGUCAACCCAGCCCCUCUUGCUGCGGCAGCUGUAACUACCUCAGAUUUAUCUUCUGGAACUUUUGGUACUAACUCAUUUGGUUCCAGUGGAACAUACAAUUCCUUUAAACCUUCUAUACCUAUCAGUGCAUCAACCACAGCCGGACUUGGUAAUUUUGGAUCUAGUAACGGUUUUCUAGCAUCUAACACUUUUGGUUCUACAAAUGGAUUUAGUCAAGCUUCCUAUGGUGGUCAACCUAUUGCAAAUUAUGGAGUUAAACCUAUUACCGAAAAUUAUCAAGAUCAAGGAUACGAAGGUUUUGGAGCAUCUGUAGGUUCAUAUGGAUCAACAGGAUUGUAUAAAAAAGAGUUAAACCUUAAUUCAGUUAAUAAUAACUAUCUACAAGCCAAUUACGCUGAUAAGUAUCAAGGAGUUGAAUCGGCAAGGGCUGAGAAUUAUGAUUGUAUCUGCGUACCUUACGACCAAUGUCCGUCUCAUGACGUUAUUGGAAGGAAAGAUGAUUUGUAUUUACCUCUUGACCCUAGAAAUCUAAAAUCCGAUAUCGAGGCAAUUAGCGACGAAGAAAGAGUUAUCACAGAUGGAAAUGGUACGAUGACCGUAGUAAUAGUUAACAAGGACACCGGAUUAAGUGGAGCAAAUGUAACUGAAGUUACGGAGGAGAGUAAGAGGAUCAGCAAACGGGAUACUUCUGAAGUAGAUGCCAAAGUGAACGAAAAAGAUGGUAAACCUGAAGCGAGACAGUUCUAUGGAGGCAAUAACUUAGUAGGUCGUCCACAAACCUGCGGUCCAAGGCACGUAUGCUGCAAACGUCCAUUACGUCCGCAAGUACCUCAUCCAAACAGACAAUGUGGUACCAGACAUUCCCAAGGUAUUAACGGCCGUAUUAAGAACCCCGUCUACAUAGAUGGCGACAGCGAAUUUGGAGAAUAUCCCUGGCAAGUUGCUAUUCUAAAGAAAGAUUCAAAGGAAAGUGUAUACGUUUGUGGUGGAACAUUGAUAGAUCCUCUGCAUAUUCUUACUGCUGCCCAUUGUGUUAAAACAUACACUGGAUUUGAUUUACGUGCACGUCUUGGAGAGUGGGACGUCAACCACGACGUAGAAUUCUACCCCUACAUAGAGCGAGACGUGGUAUCUGUGCACGUUCAUCCUGAAUUCUACGCUGGCACUCUCUACAAUGAUAUUGCUAUUUUGAGAAUGGAUAAACCAGUCGAUUGGUCCAAAAGCCCACAUAUUAGUCCUGCCUGUUUGCCUCAUCCCCAAGACGAUUAUACCGGUGUCAGAUGUUGGACAACAGGAUGGGGAAAAGAUGCUUUUGGAGAUUUCGGAAAAUAUCAGAACAUACUUAAAGAAGUGGACGUACCGAUAGUUGAUAGCGGUAUUUGUCAGAGACAGUUACAGCAAACUAGAUUGGGCUACGACUUCAAGCUCCAUCCUGGAUUCAUAUGCGCUGGCGGAGAAGAAGGAAAAGACGCAUGUAAAGGUGACGGUGGUGGUCCAAUGGUAUGCGAAAGGGGUGGCACUUGGCAAGUAGUAGGUCUAGUAAGUUGGGGUAUCGGAUGUGGUCAGACCGGAGUUCCUGGCGUUUAUGUUAAAGUUGGCUACUAUCUGGACUGGAUCAGGCAAAUAACGCAAAGAUAUUAG